UUCUUUUAUGGAUUCCGGAAAAGAAACUAUUUUGUACCAAUCUGCAAUAAUAACAACCAACUCAUGGGUCACACAAAUUAAAACGGCCAUGCCUCUUUUCUAUCUCGCUCGGCUCGUUGUUUUGUGCUACCUACGUCCAUGUUUAGAUAGAUCAUAGAUAAGUAGUUGUCAUUGUCAAUUGUUUGUCUUUAUUUACUUUCAAAACUUUCAAAUAAAAAUUUCAAUGCAUUUUCUUUUCUUACGACCUAAGUAUCUAUGAGAGAUUAUAAAUUAUACAUACACUAAUCAUUUUUCAUUUACAUUCUUAAAUUCAAAAGUAUAUUUUGAAUUUCCUCUGCUUAUCAAAUUUUUCUUGUAGUCGUUUUGGGCUUUUAAUUGUUGACACGGUUUAUUGUACAAAAUGGAAUCGAGCCCCCUCGAUUUUGUUGCUCAAGCAUCCAUGGAUUUACAAGAUGCUCUAAAUGACAUAAAUAAAGACACGGACAAGGAUACCCUGAUAGCUAACCAUAUAAAGAAAGUGUGGUCGUCUGUACUUCCUGUUGAUGAUUUUAAAAAAAAUUUGGAAUGGGUGAAUGUGUCGGAACCACUAUCUCUUUCACAGCACUGCUCGGAAAAAAUUGUUGUGCUGGAUUUCUGGACAUACUGCUGCAUCAACUGUUAUCAUGUGCUACCUGACCUGGAUUACUUGGAAAACCUUCAUAAAGGCCAAAAUGGAUUAGUUGUGAUUGGAGUGCAUUGUGCCAAGUUUAACAAUGAAAAAGAUUCAGCGAAUGUGCUGGCAGCAGUGCAAAGGUAUAAUAUCCACCACCCAGUGGUCAAUGACUCCGAGCACGCCACAUGGUCAGCACUGGGUAUCAAAUGUUGGCCCACACUUCUUAUUCUUGGACCUGGUAACAAACCAAUUUAUAUCAUCACUGGCGAGGGCCACCGAGAACAACUGGUAUCAAUAGUUGGCGCAGCUCUGAAACACUUUGGACCCAAAUUAUCUGACACGCCAUUGCCGAUAUCCCUCACAAAACAUUUGAAGCCCAGCGAAAAGGAAAAUGAAGUGUUGUAUUUUCCCAGUAAGAUAUCACUGAAUCCAUUCUACCGAGGUCGUGCUGAGGAGCCGUUCUUGGCCAUAGCAGACAGCGGCCAUCACCGAAUCUUGUUGACUGACUGCUCUGGCAUUAUCCUGAGGAUUAUUGGAAGCUCUGUUGCAGGUUUCAAGGACGGAAAACUCAGCACAGCUCAGUUUAACUCUCCACAAGGGCUAUGUUGGCUGUCUAGCAAUGUGUUAGCUGUGUGCGACACCAACAACCACGCUUUGAGGGCUGUUCACCUGGACGACGGCACGGUUGAAGUACUGGCUGGAACUGGCCAGCAGGCAGAGUUUGGAGACCAAGGCGGCAAAUGCCUCGGUCUCCAGCCCCUGGCGUCUCCCUGGGACGUGGUACUGUUCACGACUCCGGACAUGGACAUGUCGGUGCGGCCGCCGCCCACGCUGCCGCCCGUCCCGCCGCUCAACGGGGAGAAAGACAAACUCAAAGACGAUAGGGAAGAAAAAAAAGAAAAAGAGAAGAAGGACGAGAAACGCCGCGUGUUGAUAAUAGCUUGCGCGGGCUCGCAUCAGCUGUGGGGACUGUUCUUGGAUACUACUAUCUGGUGGAAGUAUAAGACGUAUACCGAAGGCACGUGCGCAUGCGUGGCGGGCUCCGGCGCGGAGGCGGCGCGCAACAGCGCCUACCCGCACACGGCCGCCUUUGCCCAACCCUCCGGGCUAGCGCUCAGGACUGGAACGAAUCCUGAGGUGUUCAUAGCAGAUUCGGAGAGCUCCUCCAUCAGACGACUCGCGCUGCCCACAGGUCAAGUCUCAACCCUCUGCGGGGGUGACCGGAAUCCGUUGAAUCUGUUUGCAUUCGGAGACGUCGAUGACAUAGGCAUCGAAGCGAAACUGCAACACCCUCUAGCUGUGGCGUACUGUGAGUCCACCAAAAUAUUAUACAUCGCUGACACAUACAACCACAAAAUUAAAAAAGUCGACGUUUCCACGCAAAAGGUCUCCACACUGUCCCCUACCAUGAUCGAAACCGCCGACCCGGUGAAAUUCAACGAACCGUCGGGUCUUUCUAUGAGUCCCGACGGAAAAUACCUGUACAUCGCCGACACCAACAACCACAGCAUAAAAGUUUUAAACCUAGCGAAAAACGUAUGCCAAGAGUUAAGAAUUCGUCUUCCCGAUCCGAAGUUCAUUGAACCCGAGAACCUCAUACUGUACAAAAACGAUUUGUUCGUCAACAAAAAAUGCGGUAAUUUAGUUAUUUACUUCAAUGUGAGCCUCGAUACGGACACGAAGACCGUAAAGUUCACUCCGGGGGCUCCGCAGAAUUGGCACGUUUGUAUUCGAGACGACAGCAAUAGAGACGUCACAUUGGACGACUUUGAAUUCAUCAAUUGCACACAUAAAGGGAACAAACUCCCUGGCCGAGUAGAAAUGAAAAUUAAACAGAGAACGGAUAAGACUCACUAUCGCAUGUACCUGAGCUUCACUACGGCGUUGUGCGACGGCGCCGUGUGUUUCACGCAUUCGUUCACGAUUCGAUCGACCAUUUUGGUUCGGGAAUCGGUGAAAAUGGUAGAGUCUUAUAAAAUAACGUGCAAAGUGAACCCGGUCCAUCACCGGUCGGACAAAAGCGAUAGUAAAAAGGAUACGUCGUUACCUCUGUGAAGUGAAUUUGGUCACAAAAGCGAAUACUCUUUAUUAAUACUUUUUUUUCUAUUAUAAAUUUUGGUUUGACUCAUUGAGUAUCCCAGUGAGAUUUCAUCAUUUUGUAAAAUGCACAAUUGCACUCUAGCUUUUUUUUAAUUAAGCACAAAACUAACUCUCAGAUAUUUUGUAAUUUAAAUAGCUUAUUUGUAUGUAUUAAGCAUAAUUUGUUAUUUUUAUGUUGACCUGAUUAAUUUUAAGUUUAAUGAAAUGUUGUACGACAAGACUCGAUGAAUAAGGACUGAGUCUUGGAUUAAUAUAUUUUU